GUAUGGCCCCAUACUUCCUUUUUCUUCUCUUUUAAAUUCACCUCCAAAUUUAUUGAGAAAUCAUAAAAGCAACCCCCCAAGCCCUCUCUUUUUUAUGUGCCCCCAUCAUUCACAUUCUUUUUCCCUAGCUACCACUAGUGCUCUCCUCUCUUAUCAUGGGAGAACAACAUUUCAACAUAGAGAGCCAAACUCAAGCUCAAGACCACCUCCCUUCAUCUUCCUCCACCACCACCUCUGCCUCCUCUGCCACCGCUUGCUCUGCCGCCUCUAGCGCUUCUUUUUCGUCGACUCGCGAUGGAUCAAAAUCGGAUUCGGCUCAGAAAGGCUUGAAGAGAGAUGAAGAAGCGAAGACCGGCAAUGAGAAUAGGAAAAGGCACAAAAGUGGAGGGGAUGAUGGAAAACAUCCGACUUAUCGCGGAGUGAGGAUCCGAAACUGGGGGAAAUGGGUAUCCGAAAUCCGGGAGCCGAGGAAGAAAUCGAGAAUAUGGCUCGGGACAUACCAGACGGCUGAGAUGGCGGCUCGAGCCCACGAUGUGGCGGCUUUGGCCAUCAAAGGUAAGUCGGCUUAUCUCAAUUUCCCUGAGCUGGCUCACGAGCUUCCCCGCCCUGCCACCACCUCACCUAAGGACAUCCAAGCGGCUGCUGCGAAGGCUGCAGCCGCAUUCUCCGGCGAAGAUACGGCUGGAGCCGAGCCGAGCUUAGCCACAAUCCCAUGUUCAUCCUCUACUACUCUGUCAUCAGAUAACACUCAAGAAUCAUUGGAUUCUCCAUCAAAUGGCGAUGAUGAUGAUACGUUUUUCGAUCUACCUGAUCUCACCAUCGAUAUCGCGGAUCCAAGCGAUGGAUAUUGUUGUUACUACAAUUCGUCGUGGCAGCUGCCUGGAUCCGAUAUCGGAUUCCGGCUCGACGAGCCGUUUUUAUGGGACUAGUACAACUUCUAUUACUACUGUAAAGUUUUCGUGUUAAUAGCACCAACUUUCCAAGUUUUAAUUUCA